AUGUCUUCCGAAUCAAGCCAGCAACACAACCAUUCGGGAACACAAAGCGCACCAAAUCCAAUCAGCGGACGCAAGCUCGCUCUUAUAUCUCUUCUGACAGUCCUUGCGGCUGUGCUUAUUACCCUGAUCUGGGGUGAUACCGCCAAUCUGUUCGGCCUUCGACGCCUCUUUGGAUCUUCCGCACGCACAGCGGCGGGACCUCUGGCAGCCUCAGCUUCGAUCUCAGCGUCUGUUGCAGCAGCAGCGACAGUAAAGGGACAAUCGGACGCACUUACAAAUAGUAAAAUACAGCACAGCAUGAGGACUCCUAUCUAUUUCCUCAGUCAUGGCGGACCGAACGUGAUGUACGAGGUUGAUCACCCAGCCUACCGCAAGCUCUCCGAAAUUGGACGCGAGAUUACCACCAAAGUCAAGCCGCGCGCUGUCGUAGUCUUCUCGGCGCAUUGGCAAGCUGGACGGGAUACCAUCCAGGUUAAUACUGCCGAGAAGACUGAUUUGAUCUAUGACUUCUAUGGCUUCCCAGGCCAUUACUAUAAAGAAAAGUACCCGAACGUGGGUAGCAAGGAGGUUGCGAAUAAGGUACUGGACAUGCUGAAGGAAGCCGGGAUCGCGGCCGAGGGUGUGAAGCGCGGACUCGACCACGGCGUCUGGGCUAGCUUCAAAUGCGCAUUUGAGCCAGAGUCGAACCCACUGAACGUCCCCAUCGUGCAAGUUUCGCUCUUUGAUUCCGAAGACCCAGACCAGCACUACCGCCUGGGUCAGGCAGUCGCGCGUCUUCGCGAGGAUAACAUCCUGAUCAUCGUGUCUGGAAUGGCCGUGCAUAACCUGCGCGAUCUGCGCUUUGCGUUCGGUAACCCGACCCCGAUGCCGUACGCGGUUAGCUUCGACAAGGCGCUCAAGGAUGCCGUGACGACUGCGCCGGCGGAGCGGCAGAAGGCCAUGGCCGACCUGCUGAAGAGGCCAGAUGCACGCAAGGCUCAUCCUUCCUUCGAGCAUCUGCUCCCUAUCCACAUUGGGGCUGGCGCCGCGGGCGAAGAUAUGGGCAAGAGAACCUGGACGCUCCCGGAGGGAAGUAUGAGCUGGGCGCAGUAUCGGUUUGGCGAGGUUGGCAAUGCGGAUAGCGUGCUGUAA